CGCCGACGCCGGGCGUCCAGGCCACCCUCUUCUUCUAGAGGGAGUACGUCAUAAAUUUUAGUGAGGUUGCGCGGCGGUACGUUUUAACGGCGUACACUAGUACAGCGAAGCAUAGGUAGGUCGAAUUGUGAGUGAGAGAGGAGCGCAAGUGGAGUUGAAGGAACGACGGAGCGAACUAAACCUCCGGAUCGACUCAUACGAGUUUAACGUUCAGUUUGAGGCGAGCUUCGUGAGCUCUAGUGUCUGUUCAACGUCAAAUUUGCUUGCAUCCGUUCCGCUCCCCUCAACCCUCUGAAUUUCCAGUGCAGCCAGUACAGUCCAGCCGAAUAGCUUAACAGGAUGUCGGAAGAGCAAAAGUCCAGCUAUAAGUUAAUUUACUUCAAUGCCCGAGGAAGAGCCGAGCACAUCCGUUACAUUUUUGCACACGCCGGUGUGGAUUACAUCGAUGAACGAGUCCCAAAGGAACGCUGGCCUGAAGUUAAGAGAUCAAUGCCGUACGGAAUGCUGCCGGUGCUGGAGAUUGACGGAAAACCAAUAGCCCAAAGCAAUGCAGUGGGAAGAUUUCUCGCCCGUAAAUACGGACUUGCAGGUCAAAAUGAGUGGGAGUCAAUGCUUUGCGAUGUACUCGUUGAUACUCUCGGGGAUCUUAAGUUGGUUAUAUUUCAGUAUAGAACGGAAGAAGAUCCUCUAAAAAAAGAAGAGAAGAAGAUCAAGCUCCUUAAAGAAACAAUACCCUUCUAUCUUAACAAGUUUGAGCAAACAAUCGCUGAAAAUGGCGGAUUUGCCGUAGGCUCAGUAACAACAUGGGCGGACUUUGUUUUGGCAGUAGCUCUCGAGAAUUUCGAGCAAAUUUUUGGUGUAGCUGCUCUGGAUAAUUAUCCAGGACUUCGUGGAUUAAAACAACGAGUUCACGAGAUUCCAGAGAUCGUCGAGUGGCUUGCGAAACGACCGCUAACUGAUUUUUAAAGUAAACGCUUAGCUCGUCUUAAUCAGCGAACAC